AUGAACAAAACUGUGCCAGGUAAAGAACCAGACACUCCUUCUGAAAAUGAUACACGCGUCGAUAUAGUAGUCUCAAAGUCACCAAGAUCCCCGCUUAGCAUUUCGACCUCUCCACCACCAACACCGCGCCGCUUUUCUACCUCUUCAACACGUAGCUAUGAAACAACCGAGUACUUUCCCAGCUCACCUGUGAAUCAAAGAGUCUCCACCACAAUAUCUUUGCAUGGCUACAACAGAAAGCACCACCACACUCGAAGGAUCUCCAUAAACUCGUCCAUGUCAAUUUUCAGCACAAUGUCUGAAACUUCACUCCCGUGGACAACAAAGGAUAUCGGCUUCAAUGCCAUCUCCGGAGUGUUAAAUAAUCCUAAUAAUAAUCCAUAUUCGAGUUCUGCAAAGCCAUCAAAAUAUGAGAUUCCGGUUGUACCCCAUACUUCUAUUCGUAAGGUGAAGCCUGUCGAAUUUGCAAAUUAUAUCAAAUCCAUCGAGCCAGUUUUUGAAAGAUAUUAUCACAAUAAACGAAUAGGCGCGGAACGACAAAAGAUUGGCAGAUCAUCUUCUUUAUCAUCGAGUGUUAUUUCUCCCAGUGUAUCCGCAACCAAUUUACUAGUGAGUAAUUUAACGAGUUUGCCGUCACCCGAAUCGGAAGAUGUUCCUGUACAUAGGCUCGCCAGCUCAAGAAAUCCUUAUUCUGUCAAUGUACCUUCUUCACCCUUGCUUGCUGAAAACAUUCCACAGAAGGAAGAGGGGCCAGCAAUAGAGUUGCCAUUACUCGAGUCCGUUCCUCCAAUUUAUUUCGAGGAAGACUUUAAUUUAGAAAAUCCACGAACUUUUGAUAUAGUCUGUGAGCAAGCCGAUGUGAUAGGAUCGAAUCCCGAAAUUUCUACGAAUGCAUUACUUCAAGAAAAAUUAGCUCAUUACCUUGAUACUGUUGAAAUUCACCUCGUUAAAGAGAUUUCUAAAAGAUCAUCUUCAUUUUUCGCGGCUCUCUCUAAUUUACAAGCUUUACAUUCAGAAACAUUAGAAUGUGUUGCACAAAUUAAUGCUCUUCGCGGGAAAUUAGUAAUCAUCGAAGAUUCAGAAGUAAAACAAGGACUCGAAGUGGUACGAUUAAAACGUCGGAGAGCUAAUCUGGGUAAAUUAUAUGAAGGGAUUAGAAUGGUCUCGGAAAUACACUCAACCCAACCCAUGAUACAAAUAUUAUUAUCACAAGGGGAUUAUUUCUCUGCAUUGGAAUUGCUUGAAGAAUCAGACAGAAUAUUAAAGGGAGGGAAUGUUUUCGAAGAUCAAUCUGAUGAAACAUCAAAUAGUAAAUUAUCGAAAAGUCCACACCCUUUGAUACGUCGCCUGAGUAAUGUCUCGGAGAGCCUCAAGUCGUCUGGAUUACUCGAUCUUCGUGGAGUUAGAGCAUUAAUUCAUUAUAAAAGUCAGUUAGCUGACUUACACAAAACGAUCGGUGUUAUGGCGGAGACAGAUUUGCUGAAUAUGAUAUUCCUUGACUUAAAUGAGCACAUUGAAAAUAUCAAUAAAGAUGAAGGUAUAAGAUCUUUAUACAAUUCUACACAAUCAACUUCGCAAUUUCAAAAGAAAGUCACGGUUGCAUCCGACCUUCAUAAGAGUAAUGAUAAGCUCGAUAAAGAGAUAAAAUUAAGAGAAAGGGUAGCUCCCUUGAUCGUAGGACUAUAUAAAAUGAACCGUCUUGGUACAACUUUACAAAUUUAUCGGGAACGACUGUUAAAAGAAAUCAAGAAGAUUAUCCAAAGGCAUUAUCCUUCCUUUACAUUACUGAAUAGUUUGCAAGAGGAACAGCAAGCAGAAUUGAAAGGAGAAUCGAGCAUGAAUGAUAUCGCGAAAAUGCUUAAAGGAAUGACAUUUGAUUCUUUUAUGGAAAUUUUUUUGGCAAUAUACGCGGUACUACUCGAAGGAAUGAAACGAGUUGCAGUCUACAACGAGAUUUUCAUAUCAAUUCUAGAAGAUUUACGCGUUGCAGGUGUCGAAGUUCCAAAAAAAAUUGAAGAAUUGGAUGAUGAUAUAAAAGAAGAAAAAGUCAACGAGAGAUUAAAAGGAAAAGUUAGCCAGAAAUUAAAAGAAGAAAAAGAUAGCGAGAGAUUAAAAGAGACAUUAGAAAAUACUAUAAAAGACUCUCAGAAUGAAAAGAAGGAGCUUGUUGAAGAAGCAGAUGAUAACGAUAAAUCAUUAUUGUCAUCUAAUGUUUCUACUACUAAAUCAAAACUUUACGCACAAAAAUUCACAAUUGGAAUUAAAUCAAUAAUUCAAAAAGCAUCGUCAUCUGCUACGAAAACACUUUCACCAACAUCAAUAAUAACAUCGACAGAUUCAACAACUAAUAAUUUAAAUUCCGAAUCAAAUAAACAAACAGAAUCCCAAACACCUAUAGCUAACACUAUUAACAGCAGUAGUACCUCGACUAUAUCAACAAUAAAUGAUAGUUAUUCACAAUUAAUAACAGAAUCGUCUGAAAUUGUAUUUGCCGCUGCUGAUUUAGUUCAUGUGCGGUGUGCAAAUUUGAUAGGAAUGCGAGCAGAACAAAAUGCUCGACUUAAUCCCAAAGAUUUCUAUCGGUUAUUUAAUGUUACUUGGGAUUUUAUAUUGGAAGGGGAAAAUUUAUGUGGUCAUAUGUGUUUUGGGUUGCGAGGGACAAUUAUGUCACAGGCGAAAUCAUUUCUAAAUCAUUUCCACAUGGAGAAAAUGAAUUCUGCAGCAUCCGGUAUUGACAAUGAACAAUGGGUUCAAACAGGAGUUCCAGUUGAAUUUCAACGAAUAGUUAAUAGAAUAAUCGCGGCAUCUUCAUCUGGGAUGAGUGAAUUUAAAGAUAAUUUAUUAGUAGAUCCUUCUUUAACUAAUCCACUUUCACCGAAUAUCAGCAGUAGCUAUAUCUUUAUGGAGGAUCAGAAGAAAUUCGUGGUUGUCUCGUGUAGUUUAAUGUUACUUAAAACGCUGGGAGAGUAUCUACGGUGUAUGGCUAAUAUCCCUGUUUUGACAACUGAUGCAAUGAAUAAGAUAGUGGAAAUUUUAAAUCUUUUCAAUUCGAGAACUUGCCAAGUGAUAUUAGGCGCGGGUGCACUGGAAUCUGCAGGCUUGAAAAACAUUACAGCUAAACAUCUUGCUUUGGCAUCACAAUCCCUUGGUCUUAUGAUUGCAUUGAUACCAUUUAUCCGUGAAUGUAUACGACAUAAUCUAAAUACAAAGCAAGCUGUUAUGUUGACAGAAUUUGAUCGCAUCAAAGGGGAUUACAUGAAUCACCAAAACGAGAUACAUACUAAACUUGUUUCAAUCAUGAAUCAAAGGCUGAGCGUGUAUUUGGAGUCAUUCCAGACAGUAAAAUGGAAUGAACCAAGUGAAAAUGUGCCUAAUCCUUAUAUGGAAAGAUUAGUAAAAGAAACACUGAUUUUGCACAAGGUCUUGCGAAAAUUCCUGCCGUUAGAGACUGUCCAGAAAGUGAUGAGCGAGGUUUUCGUUUCAUUCAAUGCUAAAUUGGCACAAGAAAUUUCUCAAAUUGAAAUAUCUACUUUGAAUGGAAAAAAACGACUUUUAUUGGAUAUUCGUUUGUAUACGCAUAAAUUCUCAAAUUUAGAGGGAAUUGCGGGUCCGAAAAAUGAUUUAGAGAUGUUGGUGAAUAAUUUAAGUGUUUCUGAGAAUAAUACUGCCAAGAGAGGGGAUGAUAUUUCAAAAGAUUAA